CUAUCCCGACCUGCCAAAACCCGCGGCCCGCUCGAGGCCGCCCGCUUAGGUCCGCUCUUUGGCGGGCCUUUAAAGCAUCAGCCCAACUCGCCUAGCCUAGCCGUCACGAACCCACCAGAUGACUGGAGACGAGAGAUCGAGAAGACUACAAUCUGUAAUCGACCCACCUGCUUUUGCUUGUGUUGAUCGGAUUUUAGAUAAGGGGAAGAGGGAUUUUUUUUUUUCCCUCUUUUUUUAAUUUUUUUGCGCCGACCCACUUGCUUUUGCUUGUGUUGAUUUUCACCAAAUUGCCUUUGUGAUGCCUUUCAAUGGCCAUUUGCAGCACUCCUCCCCUUACCGUGUCAGGCCUGUAUAACUGACACAACCGCUGGCGCGUCCUGUAGCACAUCAUUUCAUUACACACGCGCGAACAUCUAUGCUUAGCCACCUCAAACAGUUUCACGCCAUCCUCUCUCCUCUUGAAAAAGGUCUUUCUCUUUUCUUUUCGUUAUUCAAUCCAAUUCCUUUUGCUUUCACAAUCGUAAUAAUCUAUAUACACGCGUGCAUGGGCGGUGCGCGAUAGGAUCCGAAUGCGAUUUUAUAUUUGUCAUUCAGAUUAUUUGAUAUUCUAAAUGCUAUUGCAAUUUGCCGAAAAAUAUACACGUCCUUUGGACAGCCCAAAUCGAGAAAACGAUUCCUCUGCUUUCAACUCUCGCUUCUCUCUUCUUCUUCUGUUCGUGCUUUUCUCUUUAUUUUUAAUUUUUUAAAGAGAAAUUGAUUUGGGUUUUACCUUUAAGCGUAUUUUCCCAGAAAAUGGCCCUGCAAGCUUUUCAAAUUGCAGGGGAUAUAUUAAUUAUUUUUCUUAUUCUUAUUUGGAACGCUGUAAUUCAAAUUGGCGGUGAAAUUCCGACGACCCUUGAGGGGCCGUUUAUUCCGGUAACUGUGCCGUUGGAUAAAAGUUUCAGGGGACAUGCAAUUGAUUUGCCCGAUAACGAUCCCAGAGUCCGAAGAAACGUUACAGGUUAUGGGCCUGAGCAAAUUUCAGUUUCCCUAUCCUCCAAUUAUGAUUCAGUCUGGAUUUCUUGGAUUACAGGGAAGUUUCAAAUCGGCAAUAACAUAAAACCGUUGAACCCAAAAACUGUUGCAAGUGUGGUUCACUAUGGAAAGUUGAGAUAUCCUAUGACUCACAAAGCCAAGGGGCAAUCGCUCGUUUACAGUCAACUAUACCCUUUUGAGGGCCUCCAGAAUUAUACUUCUGGGAUUAUUCAUCAUGUCCGUCUUACAGGUCUUGAGCCAAACACUCUAUAUCACUAUAGGUGUGGGGACCCAUCAAUACCUGCAAUGAGUGGGAUUUAUCAUUUCAAAACAAUGCCGGCUUCUUGUCCUAAAAGCUACCCAAGUCGUAUAGCCGUUAUGGGAGAUUUGGGCCUUACAUACAACUCUACUUCCACAGUUGAUCAUUUGGCAAGCAAUAAGCCGGAUCUUAUAUUGUUGGUUGGGGACGUGACCUAUGCUAACUUGUACCUCACAAACGGGACUGGUUCUGAUUGCUACUCUUGCUCAUUUGCUGAUACUCCUAUACACGAGACCUAUCAGCCACGUUGGGAUUAUUGGGGAAGGUUUAUGCAGCCAGUGAUAUCUAAAAUUCCAAUAAUGAUGGUGCAAGGGAACCAUGAAAUAGAAGAACAGGCUGAAAAUCAGACUUUUGCUUCCUACGCUUCUCGAUUCGCAUUUCCGUCUAACGAAAGCGGAUCUUCUUCUCCAUUCUAUUAUUCUUUUAAUGCGGGUGGCAUACAUUUUAUAGUCCUAGGUGGAUAUGUUGCCUACAAUAAAUCAGACGAUCAAUACAAAUGGCUGCAGAAGGAUCUGGCGAAAGUUGAUCGAGAAGUGACUCCAUGGUUAGUUGCCACAUGGCACCCGCCUUGGUACACCACUUUCACGGCACACUACCGAGAGGCUGAAUGUAUGAAAGUUCACGCUUAUGAGAGGUCAAACAGAGUGUACAACUAUACACUUGAUCCAUGUGGACCAGUCUACAUAGCGAUUGGUGAUGGUGGAAAUAGAGAGAAAAUGGCAAUAACGCACUCUGAUGAUCCCGGUUACUGCCCUGAACCAUCUACCACGCCCGAUCAAUUUAUGGGUGGAUUUUGUGCAUAUAAUUUCACGCGGGGCCCAGCUGCCGGCAAAAUGAGACACAUGCUCUUUGGACAUGGCACCGACAUGUACAAUAAAGUUGGGGAUCAGAUUUACGUUGUGAGGCAACCUGGGAGAUGUUCGGUUAAGCCA